CUUGUUCGCUCCCAGACUCUCGUCCUUGGUGUUUGUUGGUUCCGUGGCUGCUUCUUUCUAGAUCGGUUCUCUCUGACUAUCUUUGAUGACUUCUGUUGCUGACCAGGAAGAGAACAGAAGAAAACGGACUUUGGGUAGCUCUUCGAGAUGAAUCGACGGCAGCGGCGCGGAGUUGUCUGGGCUGUUCUCGUUCUGCCAUUGUUCCUUUCUCUCGGUCGUUCUGUAUUCGGAGCACACAAGUCUUCUCGAACGGAAGCUGGUGCCGAAGCAUCCACAACGGAGUCAUUGUUUGUUCUAUGCACCGCCGACGGAACCAUUUACUCCAUUGACGCUUGGACGGGAGAAUUCCAAUCAGUCGUGUUGACUGGAUCACCGUUGAUCUCACACCACCAGCACGCAGCUCGAGACGAGCAUGCGGAAAGUUCACACAGCAUGAUGGUACCCGGCUUGGACGGAACCCUUUACUGGAAAGAAGAUGGCGGGGCACUUCAAGCUUUGCCGCUCACGAUGGAAUCAAUUCUGGAACAUCCGGUACGGUCCUGUGAUCCGGAAGACCAACACUGUGGCAUUCUCACAGCGACAGCCCAUACAUCGCUUAUUGCCCUAGAUGAGUGGGGAAAGCUAGCGUGGAAAACGAUUCCCGGAUCGACGGACGACCCGCUUCAGGCUCCGACGACUUCUUCCAAUGCCGAUGAGAACACGACACCUCGUCCGAACGAAGAACAAGCGCAGGCAUCGUCGGUACUGUUACAGCGUAAAGACUACUGGAUCCAACAUAUCUCCUCCGAAACAGGUCGGCAAGUUUGGAACGCGACACUAGGAAUGUACCAGGCAUUGGAAUUUGAUGCCGAUGAGCAAGACGAAGAAGGUCGACUCUUGCCUGGGGCCAGUACCUCUAGACACUCCGGCGCUACACACUUUCCAGGCGUGGUUUUUUCGAAUGCGGGACGGACAUUGGCCGGCGUGGAUCUUCAAACACAAUCCAUCUUGUGGCAGAUCGACACACCUACCGUAUUGGCGACCGUAUUUGGUAUGCAUGCGGGUCAAUGGAAACCUGUACACGUGUUGCAAUCUCACCCAUUGGAAUCUGAAACAAUGCCCAAAGUGGUACAGCAACGAGCCUUGCCGGAUCGCGCCUCGCCGGUAACACAGUAUGUAGAUUACGCGGAACUUUGGAGACAGCACCAAUCGUCGGCGGAGCAAACGCAUCGAUGGUGUCCCCGAACGACCUGUCUCCCCAAUCAACCUUGUGAAUGUUCGGAAUUCAAUGACGACACUUGUGUGGAUACCGAACCUUCUCGUCUCGAGCUACCAUCGCCCACUUCUGCAGUGCCCAUGUUGGUUUCUCAGGUUGACGGUUUGCUGUUGUCCUGGCGUGUCGUGUCGCUUAUCGUUGGGAGUUUGCUUGGACUAGUGGUUUGUGGACAGUUUUGGUACAUUCGCAAAAAAGAAAAGUGGUCGCAAGCGACGAAGACGUCCCGAUCGCGUUCUUCUUCUUUUGCCACAAACUCGCAUGAGGAUCAAGUUGACGGACCCAUGAUUGGAAUGAAACGCACCAUGAGCUUACCGGCGAUUCUAAAGCCUGAAAAUUCUACCGCUCUGCCGACGCAAUCUUCGGUUGAUAUUGUCCCGAGUGCUCCAGCAUAUUCGAGUCCUGCACCCUCGUCGAAAGACGCCAGCGGUAGCAUUCCGUUGGUGCGGUAUUCUCGGUACGCGUCCGAAUUUCAAGAGCUGCGGGCUUUAGGGAAAGGCGGAUUUGGUACUGUCUUUCAGUGUCAAAACUCCUUGGACGGUCGAGAUUAUGCCAUUAAGAAGAUAUUGAUCCGAGGAAAUGACCUUAAUUUCCAAACUCGUUUGGAGCGAGUUUUGCGAGAAGUCAAAAUCUUGGCGGUGUUGGACCAUCCGCAUAUUGUUCGAUACUACACGGCGUGGUUGGAACUAGAAGAAAGCAAUCAUGACGAGAGUUUGAACGUGGACGACGACGAAACAUUGUCUCGAAAAUUUUCGAGCUCACUCUUGACAGAACAAACAGAUUGGAAUGCCCACAAAACAGGACACAACAAAUCGCCAAGGCCAAGAACACAAGGGCUAAUAAUGGGCGGUGAAGAAAACGGUUGGCGAGACGAUUUUGGACUUUCCGAAGAACCGUCAUUCAUUGUGCGCCGGACUUUUCAUAGGGAAAUCUCCGACUGCGGCUUUAUUUUCGAAAACAGUAACGAAACGGGAACGGGCACUUCUCCGGACGAGGUUACAGCAAAUCAAGACACAGAAGCGGUCGAGGAUGUCUGUUCGCAUCAUCAAGACCUGAAGUCGCUGGAUAAAAUUGCGGAUCCUGUUGUCACCGGCGAUCUUCCUCGAUCCCCGUCGAGUAGCUCAGACAUAAGCGCGAGUGUGGUCAUUGCACCCGAACUCGCGAAGGCGUUGAAAAAGUCUAGCGACCCACCUUUACGGACUGUCCGGCAUAUUUUAUAUAUUCAAAUGCAGCUUUGCAGUCAAGAAACGGUCAAUGAUUUCUUGACUGACGCGAAUGCGCGAAAGGGGGUAGCGCCGGAAGGCGUCGACGUUCCAUCGGCGUUGAAGCUAUUUUUCCAAAUCGCGCAAGCUGUCCAGCAUGUACAUGGACGGGGUUUAAUCCAUCGCGAUCUGAAACCCAGCAACUGCUUUAUCGAUGGAUCAGGCAACGUGAAAGUCGGUGAUUUUGGCUUGAGCCGCGAAUCAACAGACAAAGACGAAGGGGAGGCUUCUUUUCCUCAAUCUCGGCAAGAGGAUCGAGUUUUCGACAAUCACACUGCCGGAAUUGGGACCCGAUCAUACGCGAGUCCGGAACAAAUGAAUGGCUCAGACUAUGAUUCAAGUACAGAUGUUUACUCGUUGGGAAUUAUCUUGUUUGAAUUGUGCUAUCCCAUGUACACCGGUAUGGAACGCAAUAUCUGUUUGAGCCAGCUACGAUGUUUGCGCUUUCCAGAGACGUGGCAUGCCACAGUGGGACGAGGGUUUCCGACACUUCAAAAUCUGAUCAAAUCUAUGCUCAGUCCCAAUCCUAAUGAACGCCCCACAGCAGGGGUCGUCGCGCAGCACAUUCAGUCGAUUCUCGGGGAAUUUACGAUUCAAUCUUUGGAUCUCCAGGACGCGCCCGGUACAAUCUUGUUGCGCGUCGAAGCAGAGCAUCGAGAUGAUGUCCUGCGGUACACAAUGCAAUGUAUUCAAAACGUGGCGGAGGAGGACGAUGCAGCAGAGGGCAAGAUAGAAAUUGUACAGUAUGGUCUUCGUAGCUCAAAUCGCAACAAAGAUAAACCUACCGCCGUAAUGGAGUUUGCCCUUCGAUCCAGUCUUCCCGGGACAAUGUUUGUUGAGUACUUGCGGAAACGGCCGGAGAAGAGUAGAAAUUUGGAGCAAGGAGAAUUUUGGUUCUUCGCUCCAAAUGAAGAAGAACAACAAGCCUUUUUUUGGGUCUGUGUUCGACAGUUUAGUCUACAUUGCAAAUUUCCAAAAAUCGGAUCUGUAACGCAGUUUAUCUUUACCAAAAGUGCAGCGCAGCCAUUGGAUCUUCAAUUGAGCACAUCAAAGUCUGCAGCACGACACAUGAUGAGAUGUACCAACGAAGAUGGCUUUGCUUGGGGUGGGGAACCACCGGGAUGA